AUGUCUUCGUCUUCCAACCUUGCUAACAUGGCGAACGUUAGACGUUCGGUGUGGAACUCACGCGCUGCACACCCUCAUGUUGUCCAGAUGGAACUGCUUGCCCACCAACUUGCAUGCCAAGACUAUAGUGUCGAUAUCCUGCGACAUCUGAUUGAUCUCGAACAGACCACUAGACCAUGUUUGGCCAGCUUCCAAGCACAGCCCGAAAUCAACACUCACAUGCGGUCGUUGAUUUUCGACUUCGCCAUGUGCUGCCACACAAGACUCGCAUUGUCGUCGUCAACACUAUUUCUGUGCUUCAGCAUCAUCGACCGAUACUGCAGCUGUAUCGUGGUAAAAAGUUCGACCUACCAGCUCGUUGCACUGUGUGGCUUGUGGCUCGCGUCCAAGUACACCGACAAAAAACCUCGCGUUCCAUCGUUGCGUGCCCUUCAGAACUUGUGCUGCUCUCAGUACUCACGCGCGCAAUUCCAGGAAAUGGAGCUACACAUCCUCAAAGCGCUCAACUGGACGCCUUGCAACGCACCACCGCAUGACGCCUUUGUCGACAUCCUGUUGAAAAAUAAAAUCAGCUCGCUCAGCUACCGUGGCCUUAACAUCAACGACCUCAAGUACGCCAGCUGCGUGUUAUGCGAACUAGCCUCUUUCGAUCACGAGCUGGCGUUCGACUGCAACGCCAGUGCCGUAGCGCUGGCUGCCGUCACGGUCGCCACGCAUGCUCUUCGGUUAUCAGUGGACGGCGAGCUCCUGCAUUACUCCGCCAUGCUGAAGGACGUCAACCUCCAGCGUGUGUGUAGUCUUGUCCUGCGUAAACUGCGCACCCGCAAUUUUCCCUCGAGCUUCAAGCUCAAAUACCUGGGCCAGAAUCCCGUGGACUCCAACCCGAUCCUUAAGAGCUUGAUUCAGUACGAUUUGACCAUUUCGCCUCCGCCACCUCCUCCCACUCUUGUUCCUUCCGGUCCUAGCUCGUUUGGUCAAGGUUCGGUUAACGUGCUAUCUCCACGCUCCCAAAACGGCGAUUCCCCCGGGUCCCACGCCAGCCCUGUGAUGUACACAGCCAGAUCGUCAAAUGGCGGCUCGUCACACUCGUUCCGAUAUCCACUAACUCAUGUGCCGCCUACACCUAGCACACCUUCCACUAUGAGCUUGAGAAACCAUGCCAAACUCGGAACGUAUAUGAAAACACCACAAUCGUCUGCAUCUCCAAACACUUCGAAACCUGUGGCCCCCAUUUCCUGCGCAACCAAAAGUAAUGGUGUUGUAAGCUCCACUGCCAUGCCUCGAAGAUCAGACUCCAAGCGCAACUCUGCGUACAUGGACAUGGACUUCUUCGACAUGGCUGAGGUUGCAUGCAAACGUUCCAGGUAG